AGGUUUUUCCCUCUUUGCUUCGAGUCCGUUUUCCAUUUUUUACCCUGAGAAUCGAUUCCAUGGCUAUCGCGCUGGCUACAACUGCGACCACACAGCCGAACUUCUAUUUCGACAAGAAGUGGAAGCUGUCGAAGAAGGAAGGUUCGUCUCGGAGUCGAUCUUCAAAUUCGCCGCUCAUGAAGAAUUCGUCGCAGCAGCGGUAUUCUUUCACCAGAAAAUGCACGCUAUUGGUUAAAGAACAAAGAGCUCGAUUCUACAUCAUGCGCCGCUGCAUCUCCAUGCUCAUCUACUGGCGCAACUACAGCGAUUCUUGAAUCAAGAGAAGAGGAAUCAAAAAGUUAGAUCUAAGAGAGUAAAAAGCCUUUCUCCUCUCUCUCUCUCUUUCUUUCGAGAAUCAAUGGGUUCGACAGGC